CAGCUAGUCCAUCUAAUACCGAAGAGAGGCUUUCUUGUGAAUAAUAGUGCAAGAAUAGUACAGUCCGGGGCAUACGAAGUUUGUCUUUCCGACGGAGUCUAGCUUACAUAGCCCACCGUUAGGGCCUAGAGUUGUUCCUUAUCGCGGCGUAACACACAGAACCACAGACAUACCAAUAUGGCUGCCUUUCUUCCCCUGGAGCUCCUUUUGAUCGUUGCGGACGAUCUACAAGCGGACGGCGGCUCUUUAACCCCAUGUAUGGCUGUCUGCCGUCGGUGGCGAACGGCAUUUGGACCGUUACUCUAUCAGAACCUGGUCGUGACCAGCGCCGCGGCGAAUUUCCCAGAGAUCUCAGGGAACAACCUCCGAAUAUCGCUGUCUACCUUACAGCAGAUCACCACUGGCUUAGGGCUUGCUCAACGGUCCUGGAUCUGUACGGUUCAUUAUCAGAUCAUUGUCCCAGUGGGCUUGCCCGACUGGCACUCACGCAAGAGGCAAGGUCAUAGCCCCGAGAAUCCAACUCGGCAUGAAAACGACCGAGCCAUUCAGUCGGGUGUCCUUUGAUCUCUUUGAGACAUUGGCCGACUGGGACGCUGGGCUUCGGCU